AAAAUUAUCGCGCCACGCUGUCACCUCCUUCAAGAUAAUUUUCUUAAACAUCUAAGACGCGCGUUUCUCUCGUCCACAGAUGGUCAAAGGUUGACUUCAUUUUUCGUCGUUUCGCAAAAACAAAACAAAAUAGACCAAGCGAAAAGAAUCGGUAUAAAUUCCUCGCAAGACCGCGCUUGUCCUUUUGUCUAAAGUUGACGAUGCAGACUAGCAAUCAACCACAGACGAUGCCGUCUCUACUUAACGCUCGAGGAUCGCUACCAGACAUCGCCGUAACCAUGGUUUCAGGCCGAGAGAUCCACGGGGCCUUCAGUUUGAUUGUGGACGACGUCGACUCGACGGAUUCCCUUCGGUGUAACUCGAUCGUCGGCGAAGGCCCGGAGGUGGACGGCUCGUCAACGGGAAGCAGCUCGUCGCAAUCCUCGUCGUCGCACACCCCGUUGGACAGCCCGGGUGGACCGCGAGAGAGAAUAAAGCAGAUCCAGGUGGAGGCCGAGACGCGGCGGGGUGAAUUCGCGAGGCUCCUCGAGGAGCACGCCCAGGUUGUCAGGAAGCUCAAGAUGAUGGAGGCCGAGGAACAGCUGAGCGGCUCGUCCUCAAGCGGCAACGUCCUCGGUGCGGCGACGCAGGCGUGAUCGACGAGGAUCAUCGUGUGUCGAUUGUAUGGAAAAAAAAAAGUCUUACGCGAUUAUACCCACCGAGAUAUGUAUGCAUGUAUGUAUGUAUGUAUGUAUGUAUGUAUGUAUGUAUGUAUGUACACACACCCACUUUGUGUGCCGUAGUGCUGCUUGAUUCGAAUGCAAAUACCCAUCCCCGUGUGCACUCGAAGCAAACCUAUAAUACCUGUUACUAUAUGUAUAUACCUAUAAUGAUUAAUGGAUGUAUACCCCACUGAAAAAUAUGCAGAAUUUAGAGCUCGAUCGGCGUUCCCGGUUUCGUUAAUAACGUAGAGAUGUCGGGGUAGUUUUCUUUACUUCUUUACUUUUUUCACAAUUU